AUGGACAACGCCCAAGAUGAGACUUGGGAACUCACCGAAGAGGGGUGCUACGUCUCCCUAACGAGGGACCACCUCGAUGCAGUACAGACGAUGAACCGCGUGCGCAGUCCCGAGGCCGGCGCCAUCGUCCUCUUCGCAGGGACAACGCGCGACAGUUUCGCCGGCAAGCCCGUCAAGGAGCUCACGUACACGGCCUACAACAAGCUCGCGCUGCGCACCAUGCUGUCCAUCUGCGUGGACCUGCGCGCCAAGCACGGGCUCAAGGGCGUCGCCAUGACGCACCGCCUGGGCACCGUGCCCAUCGCCGAGGAGAGCAUCCUCAUCGCCGUGUCGGCGCCGCACAGGCAGGCCGCCUGGCGCGCCGGCGAGGAGGCCCUCGAGCUGUGCAAGGAAAAGGUCGAGGUCUGGAAGCGCGAGGAGUUCCACGGCGAGGAGGGCGUCUGGAGGGCGAACCGCGAUGGCGCCAGGGGUGUGAAGGUCGAUGAGGACGCGCGGUGA